AUGGUUCCUGGGCCUGACCCCAUGGGUGCGCCGACCAGCUUCUCUGCUCGUAGACCAAACGCGCCAAACUUGCCAUCUGUUGAACUACCACCACCACCCUUCUCGUCAUUGCACCAAUACAACAAGCCAUCCUACUCACAUCUCCAUCACGGCCAUUCGCAGCCAACGGCGACGACUCUGACCAGCGUGGGAAACCUCUUGACUCCUCCAAGCAACAGCUCUGCAGACGGCCUCAGCCCGACUUCGACCAGUGUCCCGAGCACCACCUCUCUGUCGAGCCACGGCGCCGUGCAGCCGUUCACGCCUAACGGGAGUGGCAUGUGGCCUCCUUCUACCACCAGUGGCUCUACACCAUACGGAUUCCAAUCGGGCAGCACACCACAAUCCUUCACUCAGGGCCGUGGAUUGUUCUCUCCAUCGUUGAACUCGAUCGUUCGUGGCAGCAACUCUCCAACUGCUAGCGAAGCCUUACCGCCACCACCUUACGAGAUGCCGCAAUACUCUCAAUCGAUGCCGAUGUCUGCGCCGAGCCUCUCUGCUGCGCCAUCGCAUCAACAUCAACACAUGAUUGGCAACGCGAUGAUGGGUGGCCAGCACACACCUGUGUCCGCACCCGUCACGCAAGCCUCUCUAGUUAGCGCCCACGACGCGUUCCGACCACCUCCGACACCAACCAACUACUACUCGCAUCAAUCGUCGACGCCACAGCAGUCAAGCUUCCCUUAUUCUGCAGCACCGCAGAUGCAGCAGAGCCCAGUCAGUGCCGGUGGCCCUCUGACCAAGAUGUCGCCCGUGAACCAACACGGACACGUCCCACCACUCCAGUCGCAACAACAGCCACAAUACUCGCAGCAUCGACAAUACAGCUAUCCAAUGCCAGUGCUGUCCAAUGUCAACAACCCUAGCGGGCCAAUCGCAUUGGUAGGAGGUGGCAUGCCUCAUGGCAUGAUGCCAGCGUUCAAUAGCGGCCAUGCUGCGACUAUGCACCAGCUGUAUGGCCACCACCCUCAACAACCCAAUCCACAGAACGACAGACCAUUCAGAUGCGAUCAGUGCCCACAGAGCUUCAACCGCAACCACGACCUCAAGCGACAUAAGCGCAUACAUUUGGCAGUCAAGCCAUUCCCUUGCGGCCAUUGCGAUAAGAGCUUCUCCCGCAAGGACGCGUUGAAGCGACACGUUCUGGUCAAAGGCUGCGGCAAAGCACAUACAACAACAGAAGUCAAGGAGAUCGACGGGUCCAUGUCCCCAGAACCCAAGAGCGAGAGUGUGGAAACCAGUCCCAUUGUCUCUGCCACCGCAUAG